AUGGCAUACAUCGUAGACUUGCGAUCUGAUUCGGUGACAAACCCAACUGAGGCUAUGAAGCAUGCCAUGGUUAAUUCAGCAUUAGGCGAUGACGUUUACGGCGAAGAUCCUACGGUAAAUGCCUUGGAAAGCAAGUUAGCAGCUAUGCUGGGGAAGCAGGCAGCCUUGUUCGUACUUUCUGGCACGAUGGCCAAUCUAAUAGCAAUAAUGGUGCACUGCAACAAGCGAGGAUCAGAGGCAUUCGUCGGAAACCAGUCGCAUAUCUUCAAGUAUGAACAAGGUGGUGCAGCUCACGCAGCAGGCGUUCACCUGUCGACUUUAACCAACAAACCUGAUGGCACCUUCGACCUGCAGGAACUGGAGAGUCGGAUCCAAGGCACCGACGUACACGAGCCCAUCACCUCGCUGGUAGCUGUUGAGAACACCCACAAUUGUUGCGGUGGUAAGCGUCACAAUAUCCCGCUGUACAUGGAUGGCGCUCGGCUGUUCAAUGCCUGCGAAUACCUUAAGGAGGACCUCAGCAGAGUCGUAAGGGAUUGUGACAGUGCAUCCGUCUGCUUCAACAAGGGUCUGUCAGCCCCUGUCGGCUCCGGACUCGUUGGCUCUUAUCAUUUUAUUGAACAAGCGCGUCGCAUGCGUAAGAUGCUUGGCGGUGGGAUGAGCCAGGCUGGCGUUCUGGCUGCCGCCGCCAUUGUAGCUUUGGACGAGGUCAUGCCGCAGCUCAAGCUCGACCAUAAGCGGGCGAAUAUCAUGGCAAAAGUUAUUGAGGGUUUGUGUCCGAAGUCUUUCAUCGUGGAGGACCAGCACAGCAAUAUAAUCCUCGUGAGGAUCCCGGAGACCAGCUCUCUAACUACACAGAAGGUCGUGGCGAGGCUUGCACAGGUCUGCCUCGCGGAGACACAGGGUGACUGUAAAACACCAAACGACGAGGGUGUAAUUGUGAAAGCAACAUACUUCGACAGUAAGACGAUGAGGUUCACCAUACACCGGGAGAUCACCGACGAAGCUCUCUGGCUGGCCAUCAUGAAGAUCACAUACGUGUUAAAGGAGUUAGAUGCAACAGCUUAG